GGACCAUCAGUAACGCAGUGCGACUGAGGCUUUUAAUUUGAUCAGGUGAGGAGGAACAUAAGGUGAUCAUGGAGCGCACGGGAAAGAUCUUCUUCUAUGAGGACAGAAACUUCCAGGGCCGUUGCUUCGAAUGCAGCAAUGACUGUCCUGAGCUCAGCUCCCACUUCGGACACUGUAACUCCAUCCGUGUGGAAGAGGGCGCCUGGGUCGUCUAUGAGAGACCCCAAUACAUGGGCUACCAGUAUGUCCUCAUGAAAGGGGAGUACCCUAACUACCAGAGCUGGAACGGCUUCAGCGACACCAUCCGGUCCUGUCGCUUCAUCAGACAUACCUCCAGCCGUUACAGGAUCCGCAUCUACGAACGUCCAGACUUCAGCGGCCAGAAGAUCGAGUUCGAUGAGGACAUGCCCAACCUGCUAGACCGUUGGCGUUUCCGUGAUGUGUACUCGGCUCAUGUCCAGGAAGGCAUCUGGGUCUUCUAUGAGUAUCCAAACUACAAGGGGCGCCAGUACCUGCUGGAAAAGGGAGAAUUCAGACGGCACACCGAGUGGGGCGCCCUUCAUUCGUCUGUGGGCUCCAUCAGACGUGUUGUGGAUGCGUGAACUGCAUCUUCAACAACAUCACCUUCCUCCACUCACUGAACCCUGCUCACCUGCAAAUAAAAGCUCAUGAUGUAAAAGCAAA